AUGCUUGAGCUGGAAAAAUUGUCAGCCGCCUUGAUCGUAUUCAGCCUCCUGCACGGCGUCCGAGGCGAUGAUGAAGUAUCGCUGGCUUCACCUAACCAUAUGGAUUGGGCAUCGCUGAACCGUACCGUGAAUGGUCGCCUUGCUGUAGGAAUUCCUUGGACAGAGCCUUGCUUUACAAUAUAUAAUGGCAAAAAUGUCACCCAAAAUUUUGCACAAUGUGGAUUUGUCCAAGCAAACUUUUUUGAUCAUCCUGCUCGCAGUAAUGCUUUCGGAGCCUACACCCUUCAAAACUACGAAGAGUGCAUGGCUACAGGAGAUCAAUGCGCUUUAGAUUGGAUGAACCCAGCCAAUCCUCUUGCAUUUAAUCCACCACAAACCUGCAAUCAAGGUAGCAUCCCUGACUAUUUCAUUGAUGUCCAAAACGAAAACGACGUCGUAGCUGCUUUAAACUUCGUCUCUAAAAAUAAUAUACCUCUAGUGAUCAAAAACACCGGUCACGAUUUCAAGGGUCGAAGCUCAGCACCUGGAUCAUUAGCACUAUGGAUGCACAACCUAAAAAAUAUGACCCAUGAAUCAAAUUUUGUUCCAGAAGGAUGUCAUACAUCUUCUCAAGAAGCUCUUACGCUUGCCGCUGGCACUCAGUGGCAGGAGGUCUAUGAAUUCGCGAAUAGUUUGGGUCUCGAAGUGGUAGGAGGUGCAGAACAGAGUGUAGGCGCUGUUGGAGGUUGGGUUCAAGGAGGUGGCCACUCGUCUUUGACCCCUAUGUUCGGAAUGGGUGCAGACCGCGUGCUUCAAUAUAAAGCCGUUACUCCAGACGGUAUUCUUCGUACCGUGAACUCAUGCCAGAAUUCAGAUCUCUUCUUUGCUCUCCGUGGGGGAGGAGGAGGAACAUUUGCUGUUGUUUUGGAGGCUACUGUCAUGGCAUCUCCAUCCCAGGCAUUCCGGGUGGCCAACAUCAAUUGGCCUGUAACUGACGAUAACCUCAAGAAAGUCCUUUCAAUCGUCGUUGACAAUGCAAUAUCAAUCGCGUCUGCAGGAUGGGGAGGGUAUCUGACGCCAACUCUUGGCAAUCUCGUUCUCAUGAGCAACAAAUUCAGCAGUAGUGAUGCCGAAAAAAUGUUCCAGCCACUUAUAUCACUUACCACGCAAAUGGGAGGAGUCUCAAAUGUAACCGAGUUUCCAAACUACUUGGAAUGGUUCAAUGCGUACUCCAAUGGACAGUCAGGUUCUCAAGACGGCGUUGCAGUACCCAAUGCACUUACCUCUCGUCUCAUUCCCGCGAAAAACCAUGAGACCGCGGCAGGACGGGCAGAGAUUUUGGAUGCUCUCACCAAUGCAUUCGCCAACGCAGAGUUCUCUCAGCUGCAUUUUACUACUCCUUUUGGCUUUAAAGGUUCAGAUGGGAAAGACACCAGCGUAAACCCUAUAUGGCGCUCGUCUCUGUACCAGAUCAUUCUCGUCAACCCAUGGGUGUACAAUGCAACCGUCGACGUCAAAAGGGCUACGUAUGCUCAAGGUACCAAGGCUGUUAACUUCCUGCGGGAUGUGACGCCAGACUCUGGAGCAUAUCUUAAUGAGUCUGAUAUUCAUGAACCCAACCACGAAGUCUCUUUCUGGGGAAUUAAUUAUGCCAGGCUUUUGCAGAUCAAAAACAAAUACGACCCUCGUCGAAUCCUUGACUGUUGGCAUUGCGUCGGUUGGGAGGGUCCUACUAGCCCAAGGUUUAAGUGUUACAUCUAA